AUGGAGAAUGUAAGGAAGCCCAUCAUCAAUUCCUAUCUUGUUUUGCUUUCCUUGUGUUUUUGCGCUUCUUUUCACCACACUGCUGCCAAAGGCGGCCUUUUUACCUCCCUCCGCUCAGAUUCUUUAGAUGAUAGGUAUGCUGGUUCAGGAAGACAUCUUUUUCAAGAAAAGCAGUUGUCCAAAGAAGAGCAUUUUCGUAGACUAAACAAACUAGCCGAAGGAUACAUGAGUAAUGCUGAUCUGGAGAAGGCCAUCAAGGCAUUUAACCGUAGAUGUAAUAGCAUUUCUAGAAUAUACAGUAUUGGGGAGAGUGUCUUGGGAGUUCCACUGUGGGUAAUAGAAAUUUCUGACAAGCCUGGAAAGGAUGAGCCUGAACCUUCUUUCAAGUACAUUGGAAAUGUCCACGGGGAUGAACCUGUAGGCCGCGAGCUUCUCUUGCUUCUGGCAAAUUGGCUUUGUGACAACUAUAUGAAGGACCCAUUGGCAAGUUCCUUUUUCCUUGCUAACUUAAUUGUGGACAAUAUUCACCUUCACAUAUUACCAUCCCUUAAUCCCGAUGGGUAUCAGUCAAGAAAGCGUGGGAAUGCAAACGAUGUUGACUUGAAUCGUGAUUUUCCAGACCAGUUUUUUCACAUGAAUGAUGAUCUGAGCAUGCGGCAACCUGAAACAAAAGCAAUUAUGAGUUGGUUGACAAAGAUACAUUUCACUGCAUCUGCCACUCUACAUGGGGGAGCACUUGUUGCAAAUUAUCCAUGGGAUGGAUCUGAGGAUGAAAAGAAGCAUUACUAUGCAUGCCCUGAUGACAAAACAUUCAGAUACAUGGCAAGUGUGUACAGUAAUUCUCACCAUAACAUGUCUCGGAGCAAAGAGUUUCCUGGGGGAAUAACAAAUGGUGCUCAGUGGUAUCCAAUUUAUGGUGGAAUGCAAGAUUGGAAUUAUAUUCAUGGUGGCUGUUUUGAGCUGACAUUGGAGUUGAGUGAUGACAAAUGGCCUCACGCAAGUGAGAUUCCUGAUCUUUGGGAAUACAACAAAAUGAGCAUGCUGAAUCUUGUUGCAAGUCUUGUGAAGACAGGUAUUCAUGGAAGGAUUUUCUCAUCAAAUCAAGGAAGGCCUUUACCCGCCUCAAUAGCUAUCAAUGGAAUCAAUUAUACGAUAAAAGCUGGCGAUGCCUUUGCCGAUUAUCAUCGAUUGCUUACUCCUGGGGACAAAUAUGAAGUCAUCGCAACCAUGCCCGGAUACAAGUCAAAGAGUACAAGUAUCGUAUUGGGAGAAGAAGCGAGUACAGUUGACUUCAUUCUGGAUCCAGUAGUUACCGCGAGUGAUGAUUUACUGCCUAGGGGGUGCGAUUGCAGUUACGAUAGUAAGAAGCUUAAACUCUUGACAGGGGAACAGUCGAAGUUUCUUCUCAUUUUUGUUUUCAUUUCACUUUUCCUCUGCUUUUUGAUGAAGAGGAGAGCGAUACUAAGUUUUGUAAGACAAAAACAAGGGGCAGGAGCAGGUCCAAAGCGGCCUGUUGGUGUAUGA